CUGAAUCAACAAGUCUCCACUUCCCGUUUCCAACUGGCUUUGGUAGAAGUAGAAUAGGAAGGAGUGCCCACGGAUCAAGGAAACCUCAUGAUAGUAUUUCCAGAUUUAAAUUCAGCACAGUUCUUGUGUUUGUUACCAAGAUUGUGCUCGCCCCUGACCUGCCUGGACUAACCUACAACCCGUUGCGAUUCGCAGUAUACAACGCGUCCGCUGCGGGAAGCUGAGAAUCCAUCCGAAGAGUAGAACCGGUGGAGACGCUGUGACGACGAGGCGUUGAACACGCAGCAAGCAACACGAAGGACGUCGUCUGGGACGAGACGGCAACAGCACUUGACGGGUUUUGUUGGAGCAUGGCUUCCAAAUUGCGGGGCGACGCCGCUCAGCAACCGACUUCGUCUCGUCGGAACGCGCACGUCCGCACUCGUGCCGGGGAGAAGCCAUUAGAGUGCGCAGUCUGCCAGAAGAAGUUUGGGUACCCAAGUCUUCUCAAAAUUCAUUUACGAACCCAUACAGGCGAGAAGCCCUUCGAGUGCACAAACUGUCAGAAAAAGUUAGGUUCUUCAUUUGCUCUUAGAAUCCAUCUACGAACCCAUACAGGCGAGAAGCCAUUCGAGUGCACAGUCUGUCUGAAGAAGUUUAAUCAUGAAUCUCAUCUCAGAAGACAUUUGCGAACCCAUACAGGUGAGAAGCCAUACGCGUGCACAGUCUGUUUGAAGAAGUUUAAUGAUGCGUGGUCUCUCAGAGUCCAUUUACGAACCCAUACAGGCGAGAAGCCAUUCGAGUGCACAGUCUGCCAGAAAAAGUUUAGUCAUGCAUGUAGUCUCAGACGCCAUUUACAAACCCAUACAGGUGAGAAGCCAUUCGAGUGCACAGUCUGUCUGAAGAAGUUAAAAAAUGAAUUUCUUCUCAGAAGACAUUUACGAACCCAUACAGGCGAGAAGCCAUUCGAGUGCACAGUCUGCCAGAAAAAGUUUAGUCAUGCAUGUAGUCUCAGACGCCAUUUACAAACCCAUACAGGUGAGAAGCCAUUCGAGUGCACAGUCUGUCUGAAGAAGUUAAAAAAUGAAUUUCUUCUCAGAAGUCAUUUACGAACCCAUACAGGUGAGAAGCCAUUCGAGUGCACAGUCUGCCAGAAAAAGUUUCGUCAAUCAUCGACUCUCAGAAGCCAUUUACAAACCCAUACAGGUGAGAAGCCAUUCGAGUGCACAGUUUGUCUGAAGAAGUUUAAUAUAGCAUCGAAUCUCAGAAGACAUUUUCGAACCCAUACAGUCGAGAAGCCAUUCGAGUGCACAGUUUGCCUGAAGGAGUUUAAUGAUGCAUCGAAUCUCAGAAGACAUUUACGAACCCAUGCAGGGGUGAAUCCACCCCAGUCUCUCUGAUCAACUUAUUUUGAGAGCGUCUGAGGACACCCGCUCAUAAUUGCUGCGUAUUUUUAGUCCCGCGUGAGUGAGACAUCAUAUUUGGUACAGGGCGAAUCAUUUCACAUUCAAUCUAGUGCUAAUUCUUGAUGCCUUGAUUAAUGCUCGACAGUCACGUUGACAUGAGAGGAGCAGCAGGGUGGUCAUACACUUGCCUGGUGAUGUCUUGAAAUUGAGUUUGCUGUCAUGGUAAGAGAGCCAGAUUGAAGUUUUGUUUCUUAAUUAGAAUCUAUUGACAGGUGCGUGCUGUGGAUUGAUUGUGGAACCGUUUGUUGAUCUUGUUAAGGUGGUUCUUGUUUUGGUCUCAAUUGUGUUUGUGUAGUGUGUGUGUGUGUGUGUGAACUCUUACAGUGUAAUACGAGCUAUUGCUUAAUUUUGUUGGACUUUUUUGUCUUUUCCGAAGGUGUUUGCCGCGUAAUUGCUUUUUUUUCUGUUAUUACCGAAGAAUAGGUUAUGAGGUUUUCUCUAGUUUGGAAAUCAAAAAGGCGCUUAUUUUUUUUCAAUAUCUUUCCGUACAAGUAUCGUAACUGCUAUAAUAUUUCAUAUUUUCAGUAAUAGACGGAAAAUUUUCAAAAUUUCAACAUUAAAAAUUACAUUUAAUUUUC